UCCUCUUCUCUUCUUCAUCCUCAUCUCUUCUUCUUCUCCUCAUCCUCUUCUUCUUCUUCUUCAUCCUCUUCUUCUUUCAUCUUCUUCAUCUCUCUUCUUCUUCAUCCUCAUCCUCUUCUUCUUCAUCCUCAUCCUCUUCUUCUUCAUCCUCAUCCUCAUCCUCCUCUUCUCAUCCUCUUCAUCCUCAUCCUCUUCAUCCUCAUCCUCUUCUUCAUCCUCAUCCUCAUCCUCUUCUUCAUCCUCUUCAUCCUCAUCCUCUUCAUCCUCUCAUCCUCAUCUCUUCAUCCUCAUCUCUUCAUCCUCAUUCAUCCUCUUCAUCCUCAUCUUCUUAUUAUUCAUCCUCAUCCUCUUCUUCUUCCUCAUCCUCUUCUUCUUCAUCCUCAUCCUCUUCUUCGUCUUCAUCCUCAUCCUCUUCUUCUUCUUCUUCCUCAUCCUCUUCUU